UAAACUUUGGUAGUAGCUAAGGGCCCCAUAUUAGACCCAUUUCCUGUUUGAGCUUCCAAAUCUAAUUUUAUCACCUUCUAUAAAAUUAAAUCUCUUUUAGUCCUUUAAAAAAUUUCAUUUGUCUGUACAUACUGCUCAAGCACUUGCUUACGUCUUGAGGAAACAGGAAAUGGGAAUUAGUGAAAUGAGUUGGUGGGUUUAGCACUAAAAACGUCAAAGUCAGAAUAAGAGAGAAGGGAAUAAUUUUGGGUUAGCUACUAAUAGAUGGUGGUGAAUUAGGGUUGAAAAGAUUGCAGGAAAAGUUUUCUCCUAGUUUAAGAAAAAAAUCACUAAAACCAUGAUGAUGAUGACGACGGUUUGAAAAGAAACAUAUCACUGGUAUAUUAGUCUAAUAAAAGGGCGGCUGAGAUCAAGACUUAGAUCAAGGUUUUACAUUAGAAAAUCAGAGUUAAUGGAACUGAGAGGCCAAGAUAAGGAAAUGGGGAUGCCAAGCUCUUUUAGUUAUAAUAAUCAACUCAACAGGGAUUCUUCCUCAAAAGUCUCUUCUUCUGCACCUAUAAAUUCAGGUGUGGGAGAAAGGAGGAGAGAUCAAACUGUUCAUGGUGACACAACAGUCCUCAAUCCAAACCCACCUCAAACCCUAGAUCUCCACCCUCUUUACCACCCUGAAUUGAAUCCACAACACCAAAUACACAAGCCCAGAAGAGAUCCAGACCCAGACCCAGACCCAGAUCCGGUGUCAGCUCCAACAGCUACCACCAGUGCAACAGUGACUGCUUCAGCUAACAGAUCAAGCCUAAAAUCACCACAGCAACAACCUCCAACAUCACAGCCCCCGCCAGUGGCAGCUGCAUCACCAACAACUAUCAGCUCUACUCCUUUGAUUAGAUAUAGAGAAUGUAUGAAGAACCACGCAGCCAGCAUGGGCAGCCAUGUUAUGGAUGGCUGCGGAGAAUUCAUGCCAAGCGGCGAAGAAGGCACCCCGGAAGCCUUGAAAUGCGCAGCUUGUGAAUGCCACAGGAAUUUUCAUAGAAAAGAAAUCAACGGGGAAACACAAUAUGCACCAAGCUGUUAUUAUUCCUAUAACCCCAACAAAAACAACAACAGAAGAGAUACUACACAUCCUCCUUCUCAGCUACAUCCUCAACAACCAAUCCCUCUUCAUCAACAAAGAUUCUCUCUUGGAUUGUCUACUAGUCCUACUGCCAUGCCAAUUGCACCUGUAAUGAUGAACUUCCGUGGUGGCGGCCUGGCUGAGUCCUCAAGUGAAGAUCUGAAUAUGUUUCAUUCUAAUGCAGGAGGGCAAAUAUCGGCGCAGCCACAGUCAUCAAAGAAGAGGUUCAGAACAAAGUUCAGUCAAGAGCAGAAGGAUAAGAUGAUGGAAUUCGCUGAGAAGUUGGGGUGGAGAAUCCAGAAGCAAGAUGAGCAAGAAGUGCAGCAGUUUUGCGCUCAAGUGGGAGUAAAGAGACAGGUUUUCAAAGUUUGGAUGCACAACAAUAAACAAGCCAUGAAGAAAAAGCAAAUGUAAGAAAGAAUUUUUCUUCGAAACACUUGCAAGUAGCGGCUCUCCUUAAAGAAUUGAUAGAUUUAGAGAAUAAAUAAUUUUAGCUUAAAAAUGUGCAUAGCCAAAUAGAAAAAGAAAGGUGGAAAUAGAUUAGCUAGAACUCUUACUAGUUAUUGAUUUUUCCUGAUUUGUCAGAAAUGUUUGUUUAACAUCAUUAAAUCUAUAAUUCUCUUCUUCUUAA